AUGGCGGAGCUGCUAAAGGUGAUAUUUGAUCACGAAGGGAUUUUCCUCCAUCCGACCCCAGAUGAAGGAAGCCCGGAUCAAGAUUUGCUGGUUUCGGGAUCCCUUCGUAUCAUAGAGAAGGAUGCAGAGAUUCUGGUGGAAUAUCGCCCUCUGGAGGACAGCGUGGACCCAUCCAACAUGCUGUGCGCUGGACAGGACUCCAGCUCAGUGGUGGAGUGGGCCCAGUGUCCCGGAGAGAAGUCCCAGACCCGGCAGCUGCUGGAGACGCAGCAGAGCUACGAGACCGAGUGGGACAUGGUGAACGCCGUCUCCUUCAAGAAGAAGAACUACACCAACGGAGAGAGCUCUUUGAAUCACAGCCAUGAGCGGAGCCGCUGGGCUUUUUCUGUGAACAUCAGCGACCUCAAGUCCAUCACAGUGAAGGAGGAAGGUUGGACCUUUCUCAUCCUGCAGCUGAAGGACUCCUCCAGCUCCGUCCCGGCGCUGCACUUCCACCAGGGCGGCAGCAGAGAGUUCCUGGACAGCCUGCGGAGGUUCGCUCUGCUGACAGAGAGUCCUGAGGAUGAAACGCGUCUACUGGUCAGUACUCCAAACAAAGCUCUGUCCCAGUCCUUUGAGAACCUGCUGGACGACAACAACUUUGGCCUCAUUCACAAGUUUAAGCGCGACCCUUAUGUGGCGACGCUGGGCGGCUUCUCCAAAGUCACCAACUACAUCUACGACGCCCUGCGGGGGACAGAGGAGCAGCAGCAGCGCCCCCCGGAGGAGGUGGCCGACCUGCUGGGGGAAGUCAUCCCAGGUCUGGAGAUCAACCAGCAGGAGGAGCCGGGCUUCGAGGUCAUCACCAGGAUCGACCUGGGCACGAGGCCGCAGGUGAGCCGGGUGGAGCCGGUGUCGGCAGACUACUGGAGUAAACACCAGGACCCCGAGGGGAGGAUAGAGAACGAGGCCGCGCUCAGACAGAGGAUCUUUAAGGGGGGUCUGUGUCACGCCGUGAGGAGGGAAGCCUGGAAGUUCCUGUUGGGGUAUUAUCCAUGGACGAGCACGUUGGAGGAGAGGAAGUCUCUGCAGAAGACCAAAACAGAUGAAUACUUCAGGAUGAAGCUGCAGUGGAAAUCCAUCAGUGAGGAGCAGGAGAGGAGAAACUCCAGGCUGAGAGACUACAAGAGCCUGAUCGAGAAAGACGUGAACCGAACAGACCGAACGAACCGCUUCUACGAAGGUCUGAACAACCCGGGCCUGACUCUGCUGCACGACAUCCUGAUGACCUACUGCAUGUACGACUUCGACCUGGGUUACGUUCAGGGGAUGAGCGACCUGCUGUCGCCGAUCCUGUUCGUCAUGGAGAACGAGGUCGAUGCGUUCUGGUGUUUCGUCUCCUUCAUGGACCAGAUGCACCAGAACUUUGAGGAGCAGAUGCAGGGCAUGAAGACGCAGCUGAUCCAGCUCAGCACGCUGCUCAGGCUGCUGGACCUGGCGUUCUGGAACUACCUCGAGUCCCAGGAGUCCGGGUAUCUGUACUUCUGCUUCCGCUGGCUGCUGAUCCGCUUCAAGAGGGAGCUGAUCUUCAGCGAUGUCCUGCGGCUCUGGGAGGUCAUGUGGACUGAGCUGCCCUGCCAGAAUUUCCACCUGCUGGUCUGCUGUGCCAUCCUGGACUCUGAGAAGCAGAAGAUCAUGGAGGAGAACUACGGCUUCAACGAGAUCCUGAAGCACAUCAACGAGCUCUCCAUGAAGCUCAACAUCGAGGAGAUCCUGCAGAAAGCCGAGGGCAUCUACCUUCAGAUCCGCAGCUGCAAGGACCUGCCUCACUCCAUCAGCUCCAUCCUGGGCUUCGACACGCAGCACCGAGUCUCCAGCCAGGCGGACUCCGGGUCUCGGCCCGUCCAGCAGCAGGACGCCUGUUCUAACGGACACUGCAGAGACAACAGACCCCAGAACAGCUGCAGAGGGGUUUUCACGUCGUAGUUAACGCACAAACUGACUGUAGGUCAGCAGGGGGCGCCGUGUGGCCCCCAGGAGGAACGGAAAGGUGUACAAAGGAUCGCAGAUUAUUGAGAAUCUUAUUUUUCUAACUUCUUGUAUCGUCUCUUUGCUCCUGAUAUUUUCUAAAAUCCUGACCUGCAGGACAGACAGGAGCAGGUGGGGACUCCCCUGGACUCUCACACAUGUGCCACAUGCGUGUGCAUUUGUUUCCUGAGUCAGAGCUCGCCUGCAGAUCAGACGCUGCCUCAGAAUCUGUCCUUCUUGCCGACAGCAGCUAAUCAGUAUUUUAUUAUCGACGCAUCAGCCGAUUAUUGAUUUGUUUGUUUUUUAUUUGUAAGGUGUAAAUGCCCAAAGUGACGUCCUUAAACUGCUCAGUCUGUCCCAAACUGAGGCGCAUUAUUUUCUUUCAUUAAAAAGCUGCCAAUGAAGGUU